ACUCCCCUAGUUUUAAAAUAUUUGGGAAUGUGAAAAAGGGUACGUUUUGGUUGUUAGAUGCUCAGUAUUUCAAUUUUUGAAGUUAAGUUAAUUUUGGGAUGUUUUUUAUUACAUAAAAUAACAACAAAUAUAACCACAUUAAUUUCCUUACAAGUAACAACAUGAUGUCUAUUGGAUAAUAUAGAUAUCUAUUAUGAUGAUCAUCUGUUCUUGAAUUUCAACUAUAAAUAUAUUAUUAUUAGCAAACCUCUGAUCAAAACAGCAAAGAUAAAAUAGAUUUUCCAUUUAAUUUUUCUUUUAUUACACGAAAAAUGUGGGACAAUAAAUUAAUGUUAUUCAUCGCAAUUAAUGUGGCUGCUGCUGUCUUUUACUUACAUGCAGAUGCCUACGAUCCAGACCCACUACAAGAUUUCUGUGUCGCUGUCAACGACUCCGACGCUGCUGUAUUUGUGAAUGGAAAGAUCUGCAAGGAUCCGGAAACAGUGACAGCAGACGAUUUCUUCCAUUCGGGCCGUCUGAACCGGCCCGGGAAUAUAACCAGCCCGUUCGGGACAAAAGUCACCAUGGUCUUCAUCAACCAGCUCCCCGGGGUCAACACCCUCGGCGUCGCAACCGCCCGGAUCGACUUCGCGCCGGGCGGGGUGAAUCCGCCGCACUUACACCCGCGCGCCUCCGAGAUUCUCGUCGUCUUAAAAGGCACUCUCUACGCUGGCUUCGUAACUUCGAACCCUUCGAACCCGACCGACAAAAACAGGCUGUUUGCGAAGAUAUUGAAACCGGGGGAUGUUUUCGUGUUCCCGAAAGGGCUAAUUCAUUUCCAGUAUAAUAUCGGGAAAUCGAGUGCGGUUGCGUUGGUCGGUUUUAAUAGCCAAAACCCGGGGGUGGUUACGGUAUCUAAGGCCGUGUUUGGAUCGGAUCCGCCGGUUGAACCGGACACUCUCGCUAAAGGGUUCCAGCUCGAUGUCGAUGUGGUUCGCUAUCUCCAGUCAUUGCCCUGGAUUGGGAAUAAUUAAGUAGAUGAUUAAUAAUUAAUAUAUGCCUUCUUAAGUAGUACUGCAUUAAAAUUACUAAAUUCUUCUGAAAUAAAUGUUGUUUUUCGUUGUGGGUAUACCAUAUAUAUAUAUAUAUAUGGAAAAUUGUAAUUUUGGUACUAUAAAUUGGUCUCUUGGGGAUUUA